GGCCCGGCCGUGCCGCCGUGCGCACCCGGCCAUGCGGCCGUGCUGACCCGGCCAUGCGGCGGCCCUGCAAGGUGGCGGCGGCCCUGCUGUGCCUGGCCGUGCUGCUGCUGCUCUAUCUGCUGGCGGGCGGCGCGGCCCCGCCGCCCGCGCCCUCCGCGCCCGCCCGCCGCCCGCCGCGCCUCGGCCGGAGCCCCCCGAGGAGGAGCCCCGCGGGCGGCGGCAGCGCCAGCGCCAGGAAGCCUGGAGAGCAGAAACAUCCACAGGAGCCCUCAUCCUUGCAGUGCAUGCAUCUGGCAGUGGUGGCAUGUGGGGACCGGCUGGAGGAGACGCUGAUCAUGCUGAAAUCAGCAGUUCUCUUCAGCAACAGGAGGCUCUGCUUCCACAUCUUUGCCGAGGAUUCCCUUAAGCCUGAAUUUGAGACAAAGUUAAAGGAGUGGCCUUCCUCAUAUACUAAGAAGUUUGAGUCCAACAUUUACCCAAUAACCUUCUCAGUAGGAAAUGCUCAGGAAUGGAAAAAGUUAUUCAAACCAUGUGCUGCCCAGCGCCUGUUUCUUCCGGUGAUUUUAAAGGAUGUGGAUUCCCUGCUUUACGUGGACACUGACGUGCUGUUCCUGAGGCCCAUCGAUGACAUCUGGCACCUCCUGAGAGAGUUCAACUCCACCCAGCUGGCUGCCAUGGCCCCCGAGCACGAGAUCCCCAAGAUUGGCUGGUACAGCCGCUUCGCCCGGCACCCCUAUUACGGCACCACCGGCGUCAACUCCGGGGUGAUGCUGAUGAAUUUGACACGGAUCCGCAGCACUCGCUUCAAGAACAGCUUGAUACCAGGUGGCUUGACUUGGGAGGAAAUGUUAUAUCCAUUGUACCAAAAGUACAAAAAUUACAUCACGUGGGGAGACCAGGAUUUGCUAAAUAUCAUUUUUAACUUUAACCCAGAGUGUCUGUACGUGUUCCCCUGCCAGUGGAACUACCGGCCUGACCACUGCAUGUACGGCAGCAACUGCAGGGGGGCGGAGGAGGAGGGGGUCUCCAUCCUGCACGGCAACAGAGGCGUCUACCACGACGACAAGCAGCCCACCUUCAAGGCCCUCUACGAGGUGAUCCGGGAUUUUCCAUUUGAAGACAAUCUCUUCCAGUCCUUGUACUACCCUCUGCAGUCGAGGUUUCUGGAUACAGUGCACACUUUAUGUGGGAGAAUUCCACAAGUAUUUUUGAAGCAAAUUGAGAAAACAAUGAAGAAGGUGUAUGAAAGUCGUGUCAUUGUGUACUUGGGGGCCAACCACAGAUACUAACUGUAGCUCUCUUACACAGAAGUUAAAAGUCUUUCAUGAAGGAUAUAAAUGAAGAAUAUGAACUCUUUUACUGAAACUCCGAAUUAAAAUAUUUCUUUUUUUCAAUUUUCUAAUAACCCUUGAAAUUACAAAAAGCAGGAAAUCCUAGAAGCCUGCUGAGAUUGUUGCUGAGAAUAGCAAGAGAACCCUUUCCUUGUGGAGUACAGUUGUGGCCUGCCUCUCCAGUCCCUUACAGUUUAAGAAUGUAUUCUCUGGCUUGGUAAUGUGAAUAGUCCAAGACUAUUGUCAAUGAAUAGUACAAACCCAUAUGAAUAGUACUGUUGAUCCAUCCUCCUCUUUUAAGUGCUAUUCCCUGCACAGUAACAGCAGUAUUCCACUGCCAGACAGUUUUCCAUCCUUGCCUUGGGAGAUGGCCAGUGCUGCCCCUGACUCCCCUCUCCCGCAUGGAAAUGUAUUUCUGCCUGGCACUUCCAUUUCUGGGAUCACAGAAGCACAGAAUUCUAGAAUGGUUUGGGUUGGAAGGGACCAUCAUGGAUAUCUUGUUCCACACCCUGCCAUGGGCAGGGACACCUUCCUCUAGGCCAGGUUACUCCAGCCCUGUCCAAGCUGGCCUUGAACACUUCCAGGGAUGGGAAGUUGAGACCUUUAUGCUGGGAUCAAAAUGAAUAGCCUCAAAGUGGAAGAGGAUACAAAAUGGCUUUGAUGUUUAUUUAAAAUACUUAAUUUAGCUUAAAUUUCUAAGGUAUAAUCAUCAUCUUGUGAUAUGCACAAAGAGCUUAUUUAAAUUGCAGUAGCUGAAAGAUGCUUGGGACCAUUCCCUGGGGAACUGGAAGUGAGGACACUCCUACAGAGCAGCUAUCCAAGAGCAGACUCACUCCUAAAGAGCAGUGAUCCAAGAGCACACUCCCAGAGGGCAUUUUCUAGGUGUAAGCCCUAUGGGUGUGUGUAGGAGUGCUUCAAGGAGGCAGCAGAGAAAAUGAUGUUACUUUUCAAGUCUGUUGGGCAGAAGACAUCAGCCAUUACUCAGAACUGCACAUUUUUGUAUCUAACAGGCAAAGUAGGAGCAGGGUGAGAUAAUAGAGCCUUCCCCUAAUGAAAGGAAAACUGGCACAGAUGGGAUACCAUGUACAUGUAUCAUACAUUUAUUUGUCAGAGAGAAAUGCUUGGGGACUGUGGAUGAGGGAAAGGAUAUGUUCCCAAAGUUAAAAUAGGAUUUCUGAGCAAUUGCAGUUUUGGGCAUUCUCCCCUAUCCAGUCAGGACUAAUGCAGGGUUUCAUAAGAAAACACCAGGAGUCUCCCUCUUGUCUCACACAUUUCUCUCUCCUUGUGUGGCAGUUCCUGAGAGGAGGGAAAACACGACCUUGGUGCCAUCCCAGGCUGCCAGAUAAGAGCCUGUGCACGGGAUGGAGUUCCAGCAAGCUUUUCCCAAGCCCUGGAGUGCGAGAGUGUCUGUGACACAGCCUGGCAGAGAGCAGGGCUGCAGGCAGCUGAGCAGGGGAGCAGUGGGACAGGAGUAAGGGACAGCAGAACUGCAGGACCUCACAGUGUAACAGGAACAGAAUCCUUGUUUGCACCCCUGCUGCAAAUCGUAAUCACAGCUUGGUUAAACAAGGUGUUCUGACUCCAGCCCUUAUCUCACAGUGUUUACCACCUGAGUGUAAAUUGAGUGAAGGACAGAGGCAGCUCGACUGUUGUGAUUGAAAGCCUGGGACCCAGAAAAUCGCUUAAACUUGAGCAGAGAUGCUUUUCCAACUUGCCUUAGGAUUUUCUGUUUCAGCUGAAAUAGAAAAAUGUUUAAAAAUUGGCAACUGAAACUUCAGCUGAAGCUUCAGUUGCCAAUUUUAAACAAGAGUACAUUUCUACCUACCUACUGAGAGAAGUUUGAAAUGUAACCCAAAUGAGUAUUGAAGAUUUCAGAACCAUAAGGCAGAGAAAAUAAGGUAAAGCUGCUGAUUUAAAAAGUUUAAAAUAGUGCAUGACAGGUAAACCUUUACGCCUGCAAUUCUGAGAGCUUGUAUAAAGUAUUAGCUUGCUUUUGGUCUUUAUUUUCAAGUGUCAGGGUAAAGCUGACACAGGUCUGACGAGGCUGGUGGAGCUGCAUGCUGGGCAGGCCGAAUUCCUGAUUUCCAUGGUGUCUCCAAGGCACAGACAGCUGCAGAGCAAAGUCUUGCUGCCCAGACAGCUGCAGCCUCAGUGCUGAGGCUCUGGAGUUUCAGAGGCUGUGGUUGUGUAAGCUGUGAUUCAGCAGAACCCUGCAACUACAGGCACAUUCAAAUGAAGGAGUGGAAUUCAUUACAAAACAAAGGCAUUAUUGCAUAUGAACUGAUAAGAGAUUAAAGCAAUGCUUUUCAUGUUCACAGGAGGUGCUACAUUUUGUUUAGGAAGAACUGAGUUGUGUUCUCAACAGCUAUUAAAGAUAUGAAGUACUUGCUUUAACAUGAAGACUCUUGUUAAUGUAAUAUCAGCUGGCAGGAAGAAUGGGGGAGGCUCCCCCCUGCUGGGCUUUUUCUGAGGAAAAAAACAAUAAUUUGAGCUCUCCAAAGUGUUUUAAAACAAUUACGUAACUUUGUUUUUUGUUGUUGUUAGAAUUAUUAAUUUAUAUUUCACUACAGCUUCCAAAACUAUGUUAUAUUUUAUUUUUAACAGUAGUUGAUUGUAAUAUUCAUCUUACUUAGAAACCAGUUUUAAUUCAUUUUGUAUUUCAUACUUGUGGCUAAUUCCAUGUUAAUUAGCCUUCAUUUAUCUUAAUAAUGGGGUGUGUAAAUACUUACAAAGACUUUAUGUCCUCAUUUCCCCUUCCUCUCCUGUGUUUUAGUUAUUUCCAAUGGUAUAAUGGAUAGAGCUCACCAGCAUUUUGCUUACAGGGGAAACUGGAAACUGCUCAGUGUGUGUGUGUGUGUGUGCACAGCACGAGCAUGUGUGUAAAAAAUGUCCCUUUUCUCUGUCACUGAAUUGCUUGUGGAUUUUUCUUUGACAAGUGCACUGAUUGUUACAGCUCCCAAGGAGGCUGAGCGGUGCAUUUCUGAGUUGAGGAUGAUCCCUUGGCUUACAAUACAAAUAAAUGAAAUUUUAAGCAA